GUGGGGCUAGAAAAAGACUACUCCCCUUCUUCCCCUAAUUCUAUUUAAGGGAACACAUAGACGUCUCUAUAUAUUUGUCUUCGUGUGUGUGUGAGAGAGAGAGAGUGAAAAAGAACACUAAUCGAUAAAACACAGAGAGAGAGAGAAAGAAUGGCAUUGGAAGCUGUAGUCUUCCCUCAAGACCUGUUUAGUUAUGGCUGCAAGGACUUGUAUUCCUUAGGAGGAGGUUGGGGCUACGAUUUUGGUGUAGCAGAAGAAGAAGAAAAAGUUGGGCAUGAGGUGGUUCUUGACAAGAAUAUAGAUCAGCAGGGUCUAUAUGGUAAUAAUUGGGACUCUUCUUCUUCUUCCAUGGUGCAAAAUAUGAAGGAAUGGGAAACCAAUUCCUCACCUGAGGCUUGCACCGGUGAUGGUGGGGGGUUCUUUGCCGGUGGCUUUCCACCUGUGAAAACUCCAGCGACAACCCCAAGUCGGCGUAAGAGACGACGCGCUAGGAGUUCCAAGAACAAGGAAGAAGUGGAAAACCAGAGGAUGACCCACAUUGCCGUCGAACGUAACCGUCGGAAGCAGAUGAAUGAGUAUCUGGCCGUACUCCGGUCUUUGAUGCCGCCGUCUUACGUUCAAAGGGGAGACCAAGCAUCGAUCAUAGGAGGAGCCAUUAAUUUUGUGAAGGAACUGGAGCAACUCCUACAAUCACUAGAGGCUCAGAAGCGAAUUAAUCACCGAUCAGACUCCAGUUUCUCUUCCCCAUUUGCAGAUUUCUUCACAUUCCCUCAAUACUCCUCAAGCUCAGUUCACUGCAGCAACAUCGCAGCCUCAAAUGAAUCUGCGGCGGAGAAUAGGUCAGCCAUUGCAGACAUUGAAGUGACCAUGGUGGAAAGCCAUGCCAACCUCAAAGUGCUCUCAAGGAGACGACCCAAGCAGCUCUUGAAGAUGGUUACAGGCUUCCAAGCUCUCCGACUCACAGUGCUCCACCUCAAUGUUACAGCCCUUGAUCAAAUGGCCCUCUACUCUUUCAGUGUGAAGGUUGAAGAAGACUGCCAACUUACUUCAGUGGAUGAAAUCGCCACAGCUGUUCAUCAAAUGCUAGGUAGAAUGCAGGAGGAGUCUGGGUUUAGCUGAUUACCUCAAUUCCCUAAUUAUUUUCCAAUGUAAUUAAGGCCACCUCUUCCUCUUGUAUGGAUAAAAGAGGUGGACCUUCUCAUAUGAUUCUACUUUUUCUUGUAGUCUUAGGGAUCUCUUGUGUACCUGGAACAAUUUUAAUCCAUCCAAUAUUUUCCCCCA